GCAUUGUGUUGGAAAUGCCAUCAAGCAAGGGCUAAACUUGGCCUUAACUUUGAUUAACAAUUCUAAUGGAAGUUUAUCAUUUCUGAGAAUAGCAGGCUGUGUUCAGAAUAAAAUUCCUUUCAUACGGUCUAUUGAAAUUAAAAAGAAAAUAGUAAUAAAAGAUUAUAAGUAAAGUUUGGUACUGAAAAGCAAACUACGAUGCCUCCUAAACCUACAACAGCCAGGAAAGCCGGUAAAGCUCAAAAAAAUAUCACCAAAAACGACAAGCAAAAGAAACGUAAAAGGAAGGAAAGCUACGCUAUCUACAUUUAUAAAGUCUUAAAGCAAGUACAUCCAGAUACCGGUAUUUCAUCCAAGGCUAUGAGUAUUAUGAAUAGCUUUGUCAAUGAUAUCUUUGAACGUAUUGCGGCUGAAGCAUCUCGUUUAGCUCAUUAUAAUAAACGUUCAACUAUUACAAGUCGGGAAAUUCAAACUGCCGUUCGUCUUUUAUUGCCAGGCGAAUUGGCCAAACAUGCUGUCAGUGAAGGAACAAAAGCAGUUACUAAAUACACCAGUUCAAAAUAAAUCAAAGACUGACAAAUCAUCAACGUUUCCCCUUGAGGUCUAAAGGCCCGUGCAAAAGCCGGCUAAUUAAUUUUAUUUGAAAGGCAUAGUAUAUUUUUUUGAAACAGUAAAGAACGAAGAAGAGAAAAUAAACGAUUAUCCAUGUGUUGAUGUAGAUGAAAUUCAUUUUAUAUUAUAUUUACAGGGUGGUACAUAUAAGUUUUAAUGUCGUUAGUGAAACAUUUUUGCUCGCUUUUGCAAAUCGCCAGUUGAUCAUAUAAAGCAUUAAGUCCAUUGCUUAUCCUUUGAAAAGAAAUUAUUUUUGAACAAACGAAAGUAGUGCAAAAACAUUUUUUCCCGGGUUAUUAUUAGAUGGACAAAAUUUCGAUUUUUUCGACCGCAGAGGUUUCCGCGAAUGACGGGCCCUUGUUUUUAUACCCUACACCACUUGUGGUAGAGGAUAUGUUAAGUUAGGUGGACGUAUGUAACAGGCAGGGGGCCUUAAGAUAGACCCAUCGUUUAUUAUACCGAUCGAUUUAGAUCAUAAUCUAAAUAAAUGUAAGCGUGUCUGUCGCAUGAUAAAAUUCGGCGCAGUGACGUGUUUUGAUCCGUGUUUUGGGCGAAAGCUUUUGAAAUGGGGUUCGGAUCGGUCCACUCUUUAGGCCAAUCAUCUGCGUCAAUUUUUGGACCCGCUCUCAUAUAAAGAAAACUGAAGUUCUUACGAGAAAAAGGUAUAAUUUUCAAUGCUUCAUGAUGAAAAUUAUAUCAUA